AUGAGCAAGCUAGAAGGAACAUUGAGGCUAAAACCAAGCAGUAUGCUCAACAAGCCAACAAGGGCGAAAGGAAUGGUCUUUGAAGUGGGAGACAAGGUUUGGAUCCAUCUGCGCAAAGAGAGAUUCCCGGCCGAGCGCAAAUCCAAACUUAUGCCGAGGAUAGAUGGACCAUUUGAGAUCACCAGAAGAAUCAACAACAACUCCUACCAAAUUGAUCUUCAAGAUGAACCAGAUUUGAGGACAAAUCCUUUUCAAGAGGGAGGGGAUGAUAUGAUCAUGGAGGAGGUUGCUAGGAACUUGGACCAGGAAGCAGCUGGAGAGCUUGAAGCGAGCUUGAGAGGAGCAGCUUGA